AUGAACGGGGAAAGGCCCACGGUCAAUGGAGCGCACACCGCAAAUGGCACCCAUCAGAGCAUCACAGAUUCUUCCUCAAGCGCAAACCCGCCGAAACCGGGCUCGCUGCCUCAAAAUCUGCUCCCUCCUCCCCCACCACCAACCAUAGAUCGCCAGGAGAAUGGAGACGCUUGGUCCAACCAGUGGGAUGACGGCGGCGCCGGUCACAAUGUCGCCAACAUUGGAAACCAUGCACCACCAGAGAUUCUAUCGCUUAUCUCUCAAGAUAGCUACUUGCCAAUGGCGGCGCUCAUCAGCCGGGCAUCGCAAACGUGCUGGAAUGGUCUGUCGGAUCUAGUUGAACAGUUGGCUUCAUUGUCCGUGCCAGAUUUACCCCCCGAACAGGCGAAGCUCAUGCCAAAUGGUUUCACGAAUAACCAGUCAAAAGCAAACCUGGAUAAGAAGGAUAAAAUCUUCAAAUUUGCGAAUGAGCAAAAGGCAGACUUCAUCAAACUGCUCGUGUUAUUGCAAUGGAGCAAAAACGUGGACGAGGUCAGCAAGACCAUCUCAAUCAAUUACUGGCUAAUGCUACGUCGGCAAGCCUAUUGGGGUGCUAUUGCUUCGAUGGCCUCCCUGAAACAGGAAUCAUCAAAUUUCCAGAUCCCUAACCCUGAUCUCAAGACAGCUGCUGAGGUACUGUCGACAGGUAGGGUCGGCAACUUUCCACGGCUAGGAUAUAUUACGCGACCCGAUCUGUCUCCAAAGCAAAUACUCCGAGUGCUCAAGUCACUUGAUCAGGCCCUGAGUGUCAGAUUGGCCCUGUCGGACAAUAUACCACCUCAAUUGCGGAAUUUUCGAGUUCACGAUGGUCGCGCGACAUUCAUUGUCCCCAACGAGUUCGAAUUGGACCUAUCCACGUUGGACGAGAGCUUCGAAUCGCCUCUCCGGAUGGUAGAUUUCCGGCUUUCCUUCCAGCCAUGUCCCCAUCUACCGGACCGUCUGCAAUCGGAGAUCGAGCUUCUUGCGAAUUCCAACAUCGAUCAGGGUGGCCUGGGAAGAUGCUACGAGUUUCUCCAUGAACUCGCGUUAUCCUACAAAUUGGCCGAGUUCCAUACACAAGGGAUCGAAUUAUCGCGGAAUCAAUGGGUGGGCAAUCUGCGAGUGGAGCUUAUCCGUCGAAACCUGAUCGUGCAAUACUGGCCGGAGAGACAUGGCGGGAAAAGCUGGGUCGAAAUCGGCAUAACGAGUGGUCGAGGCAGACAGAGGCCCGAGGACUUGGAACCGCACUCGUCACUUGAGAUUAAGUGCACAUGGCAUGGCAAAAGAGCCGAGACGUUGCAUUUGCAUGUCAAUGAGUCGGUGCUGUGUUUCGAAGACAUUCUCCGACAAGUGGUCGCGCAACAUUCGACCCAGAUCCUCGACACCAUAUAUGACAAGCUAGUAUCUACACCUCUAUUUGCCGACGCCGAACUCUCUUUGGAGCAGUCUCUAUCACACGACGACCCGGAAGUAUGCUCGUUGGUGAUGCAGUUGUCUCGCUCGUCAACACUGCAGCUGAAGGUGGAUCCUGUGACAGGGCUCAUCAUGGUGAGUCCUGUUACGGAGCGUGCGGAACGGCUCCAGUUUGAAGUCAAUCGAGUUCAGUCUGUUGCAGAUGAGGUUGUCUCGAAGUUGCUCAACUUCAGGUGCAGUGUUAGGGAGAGUACGGUUCUUGCAGGCAUAUCGGGCACUCGCUGGGAAGCCUUGCGGUCUUUCAAGUUCACACAAGCGGAAAUCAAGUCCUUGUUUGGCCGACCAGUGGUGAGGAUCAAUAUGUUCCGUCAGAGUCAAUGGGGGCUGGAGUACUCGCUGGCAGUCACGCAUUGCCAGGAUGGCGAUCAUUGGUGGCUUUUGCAACAAAUCCCCCUCGGUGCGGCCAGUUCUCAGGCACGAUACAAAGUUCUUCGCAGCCAGCGGAUAGGGGCCAAGGAAGAACUAUCUUCGGCAUACUUCGAUCGUCUGGCAGACUACUCCAUGGGGUUGAUCUGUAUCCAACGCAACGCGGACUUCUUGAUGGAGAAGAAGGAGAAGUUCGGCCUACGACCUUUCCCAGCGUUCGACCGUUUUUACGAGCUACCAGAACUAUCCUUCGAUCUCGAUCUGGCCAGGCCUUUGCCUUCUGGCCAAUCUCUACCAGCAGGUGCAGCUGAUAGUACACUGACAAUACCAAAAGCUAGCGAGAUCCCCGCCAAGGAUGCAAGUCUGCAGAGGAAUAUUCAAGUGCGGUUUGGUGGAGUCGACCGUUCGGACCUUUGGGUCAUGACAGUCGCUCAAUAUCAGACUCAAGCCAGCUCAGCUGUGCUCGGACAUUUGGACAAAUCUGUCCUCGAUGCCCGUGUCAAAAUCAACCCUGAAGACCGAAUGGUCACCAUUCGGGUGGCGACACCAAUGGCGGAGGCAGCGAUCCCUCAGAUUAUCGCUAGAGUUCUGGAUCUAGAAAAGGUGGUGUCGACUGUCGAGCAAAUCCAUUGCCUGUUAGGAUUGAAGUUGAAGAGAAUCUCAAACUCGACGAUCUCAAUGGUGUAUCAUCAAGAGGCACCUACGGAACUUGGCCUGAAUAUUACCCUCACCAGCGGAAGUCCGGCACCCCGACUUGAAUUUUUCCCACACCAACUGAAUCCACACCAGAUCCUGUCGCAGGUCUACACGAAGACAUUUGCUGCUAAUCGGGCACCAUUUGCCACAACGAUGCGCAAUCUGCUAACCUCGUUGACGGCGACCCUUCCGCUAUUGACCAUCUUGCACAAACUGCAGCAGAGGCACGAAAUUUCGAGCAAGACGGACCAGCAACAGCCGUCGGCGGAGCCGGAAGAUUACUUGCGUGUGCACGUACUUGCCAGGACUGAGACACAGUUCGCGGUUCAGUACUUCAUGCCAGCUGGACAAGCGGCUAACGAUACCAAGAAUGAUUCACCCCCACAGCUGCUUGCACGGUUUGAGAUCUUGUCAGAAGCCAACCAUUCCGGAAAAACAGGCUGGCUAGUGCGCCCAGCGCUUGAAGAAUUCCAGUCGUAUUCUCGACCAUCUUACUCUUCCCCUGAUCUCGCGGACAAGGUGAAACAGGAGAUCUUCUCCCAGCGAACGGAAGGGCAGUCCAAAUGGUUCCAGCUGGAUAGAGGAGCAUGGUGCACGGUAGAUCGUCCGGAGCCUUUGCUGAACGCGCUGCAUGACGUUGUGUGGAACUGGGCCAAACAGGCCAAGAUGUCCGGGGCCAACGCUGGCAGCAAACAGGACUCGAACAAGGGAAAAGGGCCUCCGGGGAAUUUGAAUGCUAACAACCCCAGCGUGACCAAUGGGACCAACAACAGAGGCCCUGGGCCAGCAAAAGGGCCCCCAGGCAGGCAGCAGGCUGCGAAUAACGCCAUGCCCAAUGGUGCUAACAUGAAGGUACAACGACCUCCGCUAAAUGCGCCAGGUGGCAGACCGGCGCCCGGUAAUCCGAAAACGAACGCCAGAAACCCACAGGGCAAGGACGUCAUCACAUUGGAUUGA